UUAGAGGGCGCUGUCAUUUACGUGGUGAUGUCUAUUUCAGCUGUAGGAACUUAGCGAUGCAGUUUGCUAAUUCGCUUAUAAAAACAUUUUUUUAAUCCAUGUUAUAAAUAAACGUGUUUUAAAGCUUUUAAACGAGAAACACGAGUUAUUUUCGCUCGUGUCAGUGGCGGGAAGUCUCUCUGAGGAUGUUUCUUCCAGUCAUGUUUCGCGCCGCGCGGUGUGUUGAUGUUGUUGUUGUUGUGUCGCUGUUGUUGUGUGCGAGGGCUCGGUUCGGUCUCGGGUGUUCGGGACUGAUGCUGUGCCGGUCCUGCGGGCACGAGGUGGCGGAAGACACGGAUCUGAGGUACGAGCCCAGUCGCCUGGCUCUGUCACACCGGAACGACACGGUGAUCGCAGGGAAGCGCGUCUCGGUUCAGCUCUUCGAGAAUCCGCAAGGCUUCCAGUUUGAAGUCGUGACUUUUAAGCGAGCAGAUGUUCUGAAGCACUGGCCGGCGGACAGCCACUUCUCCUGGUUCCCCGGUCACUCGUGGACCGUCGCCUCCUGCCCGCGGUGCAAAACACACCUAGGUUGGGCGUUUCAGCCCAGCGACUGGCCCAGGACGGUGAACCGAGAAGAGUUCGACGCGUCGGACCAGACGUUUGUGGCGCUCAUAAUCGACAGACUUCUGCAGGAACACUUCGCAUCGACACUGCUGAUGACACCCAAAUCUUUCGAAGUUGACCAUUAG